AUAAAGGAAAGAAAGGACUAGCCUACCUGUGUUGCCUCUGACAAACCUCUGAAUUCACCGUGUUGUGUUGUGUGGCUGUGAAUCGGAAUACUUAUCAGCGGUCUACCUGACAAACUCCGAGGAUAGAACGUCGCCUGAAGUUACCGGCACACCUGAACAAGCGAACUCACCUGCAGAGACGCUACCGGGGCGGUUAUCGUGGAGUGUGGGCUUGGAGAAAAACAACGGAGAAAAAGAGAAAGAAAACGGGAUAGGUAGAAGGCAGAAACUACAGAGCUACAAAGUUUGUUGUUAAGGUGGAGAAGGAGGGAGGAGUACGCGAAGAAGGAGCGAGGGGAACAAUCCACACGGUUUAUUUAUUUUUUUCCAGCGGGAAGUUUUUUUUUCUCACGAGUUUACCUAGAGUUUAUUGAUUAGAGGAAGGCGACAGAUUAACCGUAAAAACCGACCAUGCCGCGAGCCUUCCUUGUAAAGAAGGCGAGAUACUCUCCCGGUAAGCGGAACUGGAGCGAGCUGCCAGACCACGAGCGCGGGUACGUCUAUAUCCCAGUGUCUGCAUUCCCCUUAUUGGAGGAGACUGAAGCCAGCCCAGCAGAGACCGCUCUCUGCCUCUCCACGACGACACGCUACGAGUUCACCAAACGCACGGAUUCCCUCCUGCGUGACGAGCACAGCGUGAUGACCCCGAGAGCGGAGCUGCCCUCGUGCACGUUGCUGGGUCGGGGGUUAGAGGUCAAGAGGAGGGCACAGAGCAGCACCUACGUCCGCUCCAAAAUCAAGGUGACUACAGGUGAGCUACCCAGUGAGAUUCCAAUACCUCCCCAGCCUGCCGUCCCCGAAAUCACCACCACACCUGUUGCCUUGACGACGUCCGCUACUGCCCCGGUCUCCACAGUAACGAAGUCAGGGACAGGUGCUCAGGCAUCGUUCGUGUGCCAGGUGUGUCAGAAGGUGUUCCUGUACCAGAGGAUGUUGAACCGACACCUGAAGUGUCACAGUGAUACUAAGAGACACCUGUGUAACCACUGUGGUAAAGGAUUCAACGACACCUUCGACCUGAAGAGACACGUCAGAACACACACAGGAGUGCGUCCCUACAAGUGCUCUCUGUGUGACAAGGCCUUCACCCAGCGCUGCUCUCUAGAGUCUCACAUGAAGAAGAUCCACAGUGUGACCCUGCAGUACGCCUAUAAAGAGAGACGCAACAAACUCUACGUCUGUGAGGAGUGUGGCCACACCGCCCCUUCCCAGGAUGCACUGCUCAAACACUACCACGCCCUCCACCCCAACUCCGCCUUCCUGAGGGCGAAGGGUGGGAGAGGGGAGGGGGGUGAGGAGUCAAUGCCCGGGUCGCCGCUUUCGAACAGUCAAUAUAGUGAUGAUACUACAGGAUCAGGGGGGCAGUAGAGGGAGGGAGGGAGGGAUGAGGAGAGGGAGUUGCGUUUUUUGACAAAACCAUCUACAGGGUCGUAUUCAUUAGGGCAUGUAAAGUAAUGUAUUCAUGACAAUUUAACGUUUCCUAUUGGACAGAUGCAAGGUCGUCUCUCCCUGUUUCAGGCCAUUUACUUCGGUUUCGUGCCUAAUGAACACGACCCAGGUAAAUGAAAUCUAACUAGUGGCAACGUGUGAGAUUAGGAUUGAGAUUAUGUCUAGUUUGAGAUUGUUAUGGUUCUUAUCAAGAAAAACAUAUAUAUUAUGCAGUAAAGGGUUUAAUAUUUAUUUUGUUAUAAAUUGAAUAUGUGUGUGUUAUUAUGAAUUUGAUUGAUAAAAAGAGACUGUUUGUUUGUUUUUGG